AAAUAUCCACCUAGUGCCACAAUAAAACAUGACCUAAUCUUGUGUGUGUCCACCAGGUUGGAGGGUCAGUCUUACAUUCAAUAUCGGGCACUCCUCAUCUCGCUUGGCCUCCACCUCUUUCUACUCAUGUUUGUAGUACUUGCUGCGGACAAUUUGGAAAACCAGCGCCAUGCCUGGGUUUCUGUCUUUGCUCCACUCAUCCUCAUUUCAAUUGUGUCCAUUGCAGCAUGUAUUUGGGCUGUGAAACAUGAUCGUUCUUUUGAGCUUGAGCUCUUCUGCUCGGUGAAUCUGUUACAAUUCAUUUUCAUCGCUCUUCGGCUGGAUGAAUACAUCAGAUGGCCAUGGGAGAUAGUGUUUGUCCCAGCAUGGAUCCUGAUGUGUGUGUCUGUGGUUGCAGUGCUUUACUCCAUCAUAUUUGCGGGACUCCUGCUGAGAAUGCCUGAUGUCAACCCAGAUCGUCGUCGCACUUCCAUGAACUCUGCAAUUGGUUACACCUGCUUGGUUGCACCACUUCUUAUUUUUCUUAUCACACUGGCCAGCAAGAUGAAUGGUAACACAUCAGCAACAUACACAUCAGUGGUGUCACCCCUCUACAUAUCUUAUGUCACACUAAUAUUAAUGUCUUUCACCACCAAACGUGCCAACCAAUGGUGGUUUGGUCUAAGGAAAGACCUGUGCCAGUUUCUCCUGGGAGUGUGUCCAUUGCUCCAGGAGUAUGCCAACAUCUCGUACAGUAUACCUCACAUGGAGGAGGGUCAGACAGAUGGUCGCACUUCACAGUCAACAGAGACUGGAGUCAUCACCUCAGAAAAGAGGGAUGUUGUAGCUUCCUCUCGCAGGCUUGAACAUCGUGUAGUUGUGCCGGCCGUCAGUCUGGAGGUACCAGAUUAGAUGAAAGGAUCCUCCAAUUUUUAGUAUGACAAAGUAAUUGAUGAGUCUCACUUUAUAAUUCAAUUUUUGUGUUAGUAUAUACAGUACAGUAGUAAUAUUAAAUAUGGCUUAUAUGUUCACAGAAAUAUGUGCAAUUUAAGUUUUAUGAACAGUAAUUCAAUUUUAUUUAAUAGAAACUACAUGUACAGUACUCAUUUUUAAAGGUAAGAAAUAAUUCAAUGAUAUAUAUAUAUA